AUGUCGUCUGACGCGCCGCAGUACCAACACUUCAUCCCGCAGUUCAUCCUAAAGAACUUCGACCACCCUUUCAGCUGUCCCAAAGCCCCCGCGAAUGGCUCAAAAUGCAAAAAGCACCAUCACGAAAAAGGAAAAUACCCCGGCGACCGGGUCGUGAGCUGCUUGGAACUUUUGCCAGAGGGCUACAAGAUUGAGGAGCGUUCUGUUCGACGAGUAUGUGGCCUGAAUGACAUGUACACCGACCAAUCAACAGACGCAACAUUCCCUCGUGAGCUAGAGGCCAAGUUUGGCAAGCUUGAGGGUGAGACGAGUCUCGUGAUUCGCAAGAUAAUUGGUGCUCACCAACGCGGAAAGGCAAAUGUCACAAUUACUAGGACUCAGCAAACAAUGCUACGCAAGUUUGUUUAUCUACUAAAUCAGCGAGGCUCAGGCUUCUUCAAGACAUACAACUGCGACAGCAUUGAUGAGUACAAGAAGAAUGACCGGGAUCUUCUGAAAGAGUUUAUGGACCGAAAUGGAAUUCAACGACCAUUAGAUGUUUGGUUACAAGGCUUGAGUUCUAUCAUUGAUCUCGAUAUGAGUGUGACAGCAAAUUGGCAACAAACUCUCAAAUCGGCUGUCUACUAUAGCCUUUAUUGCCAUUUCGUGGAGCACAUCAACGCAUUUUGGAUGUCUUUCUGCACCCCUUCCAGCGAGGAUCAGGAUUUCAUUCUCUCUGACACGGGAAGCCAUGUAUACGAAGGGCCAACCAUCGACUUUCAGGACAAAACAACAGGAGAAUUUCUACGCAUAGGACCCCGCUUUCACCUCUUUGCACCUAUCUCACCUCGAUUGAUGAUCGUCUUGAGAAGUAAACAUCUCCCAGAGCCACAUGAGGAUAACAAUCCUGAGAUAAAGGCUGGGCGUCAGCUUUACCGACAGAUUGAGAUCGACUCGAUCUAUGGUCCAGGAACAAAGUCUAUACUGGAAGAUCUACCAGUUCACAAGGCUAUCAACAGCUAUUCUACCUUGGUCAAUGGAAUCUUGAGAAAACGACCAGGCUGGGAUGGACAGCUUCGUCAGACUGAUACCUUCUCAUUCCCAUUCUUCAAAAUCUCCACGCGACACGCGCAUAUCAUUAACGGUCUUCUGCUAGACCAUGCCUUCCACGGUUUGACGGUUAUCUUUAACAAAAAGACCGCCUUCUUGGAUCUCCUUGAAUGGUUCUUGACAGAACCUUGUGAGGUUGGCAAAAGACUAGGCGGGGAACACCACGCAGACCAGAUGAGGUAUCUUGCGCGACUGACCGCCUUGAUGCAUGCCGAAGGCCGGAACAUCUCACUUUGCAUCACAAAUAGCCCAGUCAGCAACAAUCUUAACAUCGAGAGGUAUAAAAACCAGAAUAAUGCUGCCGCACGGUGGCUUGAGAGCCUUGAGAAGAAAGAUGUCAAUGAAGGAGCUGCCAAACAGAAACAACGACAUGGUCCUGUUACCGAGGUCGAUGCGGUGGUGCGACAUACUUCGAUGGGUCUCCAAGAUCAGCCCAAGCCAAAGAAUGAGACGAGCACUAUCGAGGAACAGUCAACUUACCAUGAUCCGACGCUGGAACACGAAGAAGAAUUGAGCCAGGCUGAACUCACAUCCCCCGAUGCUUCCGAAUACUCGAAUCAAUUCGAGUCAGCAAAUUCUCGGAGGGCUCAUGAACAACUGGACGCUUCGGAUCAGAGUACAUAA